GAAUGGAAACAAACGUGCUCGAUCUGCCUAAAACGCCUGUCUGAGUUGCGUGUUCGCUGCGCGUUUUCUUGCUGCAGCCGGGUUUGGGGGGUGGGGUUGCGGGUGCAGAAGGAGCUGUCAGGCGAAAUGCGUGCAGGACUUGGCUUACCUGUGGAGCUGCAGGAGCCGAGCCCAGCCUGGUCUCCCUGCAGGUUUGCAGUGCAUCAAGCCGGGCAGGAGGAGGAGGAGGAGGCCCUCUGGUGCCUGGAUGUCUAUCCAAAUUAGUGUGCGACUCAUCUGGGGAAAGGAAGCCUUCGGGGAGGCAGGCAGGCAGGCAGGAAGAGGCUGCCCUUUCUUUCCCCUUUUCUUUUUUUUUAAAUUAAAGUGAUAUUUCCAAGCAGGCAGAGGGAGGCACGAGGAGCCGAGACGCCUCAGCAAAUGGAAAAGAAGUUUUGGGGAGGCAGGAGGGGCAAGGGCGAAGGGCACUGAUGGACAGAAGGCACCGGGCUUGCUGAAACUUCACUAUGGCUGCCCAGUCAAGCUUAUAUAAUGAAGAAAGAAAUCUGCGCCGCAUCCAAGAAAAAGAGAGGAGAAAUCAGGAAGCUCAUCAGGAGAGAGAGCCAUUUCCAGCCAGUGUUCCCCUAUUUGGAGAACCAUAUAAGAUUAACAAAGCAGAUGAGUUGUCCAGCCGAAUUCAGAACAUGUUGGGUAGUUACGAAGAGAUGAAGGAGUUCAUCGCCACCAGGUUUCACCAGAAUCUCAUAGGGAUCCCUCAAAAUGUCAUGUCUCUGAUCCCUCAACACCAGCCGGAUCGCCCACUCUUCCCUGACAAGACCAGCAAUGUGCUACCCUCCUCAUUCCAGAACAGCAGCCAUCACCACAAGCCCUUGGGACCCCUUACUUCAAAUCCUUCUGCAGGUUGCUCUGCUCACUACCAAAAAGUUAACUCAAGGAUAGAACCGGCCUCUGAUUUGAAACCACGGAGCGGUGAGUUGUCCGGCAACCAGAAGCAAGCUCCAGAGCAGAUCUGCAAAACUCAAGAAAUCCAAAGUAGGAGGUGUCCGAAGAAGAACGAAAAAUGCAUUGAAGAGGACAUUGCCAAAGAGCUGCAGGCCUCCCUGCUGGAACUUUCCCCAUUGCUGUCCACUUUGUCUUCCCCAGUAGCACCCCUGUCUCCUCUACAUUCCAGCCAGCAUGUCAGUUCCAGGUCUCACGGCAGCAGCAAAUACAAAAGCCAUGGGCCGAAGAGUUCCCCUUCUCAGGACCUAGUGGCUGGAACCUGUGACAAGGAAAGCCAGGACAGCUUGAGCGGCCCCGUAGCUGUCUCUUCCCAGCCUUCCUCCCAGACAUUUCCCCCAUCCUUACCAUCAAAAACGAGUGCAAUACAGCAAAAACCAACUGCCUACGUCAGACCAAUGGACGGUCAAGAUCAGGCACCGGACGAAUCCCCAGAGCUCAAGCCACUUCUUGAAGAAUACCAUGAAGAAUUGUAUGGGAAAAUAGCAGAUAUAAAGGUGAACUCCAAAGCCAAGUUGCCCGCGUUGAAAAUACCUACUGAACCAGCUGAGCAAUCCUUCUCCAAUGAAGUCCAUUGUGUUGAAGAAAUUUUAAAGGAAAUGACCCAUUCAUGGCCGCCUCCUUUGACAGCUAUCCAUACUCCUAGCACUGCUGAGCCUUCUAAGUUUCCUUUUCCUGCAAAGGAAUCCCAGCAUGCUGGAUCAGUAAUUCAGAGCCAGAAACAGUAUGAUGCACCUUCUAAAACUUUGUCUCUUUCUCAGCAAGGAACGUCAACACUGCAGGAAGACCUUUUGCUCAGUGAUAGCGAAGACGGCGAAGAUGACCAAGUCAGUGUUUCUGAUAAGCCAUCUUCCUCAUCCACUCCUCCAAGUGCCCCACAAUCGCAGCCGGAGAGUGUGGCAUUGGCACAUUCCAGCAGCCCGGAGUCUGAGAGCACAAGCGGCUCAGACAGUUCCUCGGACUCCGAGAGCAGCGAUAGCGACAGUGAAGCAAAUGAUCCCCCCACAAGAACCUCCACACCUGAGCCCAGUCUACAGACAUCCAGUAGAUCAUGGCAGCUGAACAAUUGGAUGCCUCACCCAGUGUCUCCCACUGAGAAUUUCCUUGAGGAUGACCGCAGUAGGUGCAGUCUCCAGGACACUAAAGAGCAAGGCAAGUCAUUCAGCAGCGGUAGCAGUAGCAGCAGCGACAGCAGCAAAAGCGAAUGUCCCCAGCCAACGGAGCGUCACUCCAAAGCCUCUGGCAAAGCUUCCCAAUCUGCCCCGGAACUGCAUCUCCCUACCAAGCGGAGCUACCAGAAGUCUCCCGUGCACUCAGGCAGACAGACUGUGGGCAGCAAGCAACCCAAGAAGUCCAGCAGAGCCUUAGUACCGGAGGAGCAGAAGGGAGGCUUGAAAGUGGAGAGCGAGCCACUUGGUCCAUAUGGGGCUAAAGACCAGUCUUCCAAAGACAAGCCCAAAGUAAAAACGAAAGGGAGGCCCAAGCCUGGUGACAGGAAGGAGCCCAAACCAACAGCGCUGGAGGCUUCGGAGAAGAAGAAGCACAAGACCUCACACCACAACACUGUUAAAUCAUUUCCAGACCACGAUGCUGCAAAAGAGAAUGUGGUCAGCAGCACCCUGGAACAGUUGCCCCUCAGCCCCGUAACUCAAAGCCCCCGGGUUCCUGCUGUUGGUAGAACCAGCAGUGCAAAGCCGGCCACUGUAGCGAGAGAGGACCUCCAUAGGGACAAGUUUCUCUUGCCAAUCAGGGAUAAGAAGUUGCUGUCGCCCUUGAGGGAUCACCCGGUACCUCAAGCUCUUGUGGUUAAAAUUGAGCUUGCCCUCCUCGCACGUAUUCCACAGCCAGGCAGGAAGGGGAGCUGCCCCAAACGUCUUGAGAUCAAAGAGAGCCAUGAUAUGAAGAAGUCGGAUGCAGACAGGAGGAGUGCAGAAAUGUCAAGCAAUUUCCCCAAAAAGAGGAAGCAAGGAGAUGCACCCAGAGACGAUCCGAAGAAGAUGAAGCUGGAGAAAGAAAACAAAUCGUCUUCGUUGUCAAGUCAUAAAGACUCUAGUAGGAACAAGGUUUCCAAGAUGUCAGCAGAGACGCAAAGGAAAGAGCUGCCGCUACCACCAGUGUCUCCCACGCAGCUUGCCCAGAAGCCAGCCAAGACGGCCCAGAAAAGGCCAAAGAGUGAAAGCGGUGCCUCCAGCCAGCCUCCUAGACAUGGCGAGAGCAUCCCCAAGAACAAGGAAAGCCACAAAGAUUCAUCGUCCUCCAAGCACAGGAAAAUGGAAGGAAAGCCUUCCGAAACCUCAAAGAGCAGCAAAGGAUCCGUAGAGGAUGCCUCUAACCCUUUCCCAGUGCCUUCUUUGCCAAACGGUACCUCCAAGCCAACGAAACCUCAAAGCAAGCCGCACAAACAACAUCCAGUGGAAUAUCACUUAAAGGAGGCCAAGAGGCUGAAGCAUAAAGCAGAUGCGACGACAGACAAAGUCGGGAAGGCCAUCAAAUACUUGGCUGCUGCCCUGUCGUUCAUUGAGUGUGGCAUUGCGAUGGAAUCGGACACCCUGACACCAAAGCCAGCAUAUACCAUGUUUGCAGAGACCAUAGACCUCAUAAAAUUCAUAAUGACAUUAAAAUCCUUCGCGGACUCUUCAACAACAACACAUGAAAAAAUAUUUGCUGUUUUAUGCAUGCGCUGCCAAGCCAUUUUGUACAUGGCAAUGUUCCGCUACAAAAAGGACACUGCAAUAAAGUAUUCCCGGACCCUUAAUGAACACUUCAAGAGUUCCUCUAGAAUCACACAAGCACCUUCUCCAUGUGUUGCAAGGAGCACAGGAACACCGUCUCCUCUUUCUCCAAUGCCCUCUCCAGCCAGCUCUGUGAGCUCCCAGACGGGCUCCAGCACCAGUAGCUGCGGCGGAGGCAGCGGGGGCUCUUCCAUCAGCGUCCCUCAUCACAUCCCACCCAUCACCUCUUCCUUCGUCAACAUCACUUCCUAUAUUCUCUAUGCCUAUGAUCUCUGGGAACAAGCUGAUGUUUUGGCCAGGAAGAAUAAAAAGUUUUUUUCCGAGCUCAGUGCUGCCGUGUGCACGCUCUCCUUGAACAGCAGUAUGACGGAACUGGUACCCUACACCCGUCAGGGUUUACAGUGGCUGAAACUGGAACCAAAUACACCUUAGCUGGUGCUUCAAGGCAGGGACCUCGCCUUGGACUCGUUUGCACUUUGGAAGCCUCCAAAACAGCCUCGUGGGAUACAAGGAAAAAGCACCUGGAAGGUGGUCUGAAGCAUGACCGAAAGGAUCUUGGUGACACUGGAAAACUUUAAGGACUCUGCGGUGCCAAUGGGCUACCUGGAAGAUGGGAAGUGGAGAAGAGGCCUCCGAGCUGAGGAUGCCUGCCUUGCUUUCUUUCAAAGGACAAAGUGCAAUGUUCUCUCUCUUUUUUUUCCUUUUUUCCCCCCUUCAUGAUUCAACGUGUCAAUGGUCUAUAAACAUUUCUAUAAAUGAAUAACCAGCAGGACAAAAACAAAACAAUUCAGCAAGCAUGAAGAAGUGCUGGAGAGAAAGGAAAUCCGCCUCCCAAAGAAAUGUCUGCAGCACCUCCAAAAGAUGCAGUGAUGUUCCUGGGCCCGGCAGGGGGUUCAGAUUCACACCCCUUUCCCUUUUCUGUUUUUAAAAAGUGAAAACCAGAAUUGCUGUCUGUAGCGUAUGAUUUUGUUCCUGGAGGGUGGGACGGAUGGAGGACCAGGGCGAAGGGGCCUUCUUACCUCGCACUACUCAAGUCUGUACAGAUGUAAAAGAGCAUUUCUCCCUUCCUUGGUCCCAUUUGCAUUCAUAUCCAUCUGUUGCACUAAUUCCUCCAUUCCUUGGUUCUGUAAGUUGUCCUCCCAGCCUGGCUUCUUCCCUUCCUGCCUUGGCUGUGCCCUAGUCUUGGCUGCCAUGUUUGCUGACAGCCUGGCAUGCCGUUUUAUAAGAGAACACAGGAGCGUGGGAUGGCAUCACCAGAAACCACUGUGAGCAGAUCUGUGAUGCUAACUGUCACCUCCCCAAACAACGUGAGCGAAGCACGGAGCAGGCUGGCUCCACCCCCUUUCCGGUUUAGUUGAGCAAUACUGCACUAAUGAAUUGAACUGGAACUGUUCACGGUCGCUAACCACAGUUGCUAAGCCUUACUAGAGGCUUUCUCUUGGACUCGCUUCCUGAGAUUUCCCUUAGGCCAUACUCUCAGCUCACAAGAGAGGUCUUACGAAGCAUGCACAGUUGAGGGAGAGCCGAAGGGAGGUUUUUGCACAGGAAGCCAUCUGUGAGGGACUGUUUAUAUCAGAGGUGGGUGGGUCAGUCGGUUGGAAUGCACUCAUUUUGGUAGUGUGACACUUGACGUUCCAUUUUGCAUCCUUAAACUGGGAGGAACUUAGCAGUACACCAUCUCAUUUCAUCUUCUCUGAAACCCAUAGGUUCAAAAUUGUUGCCUUCAGCUGUUGAAGCACAAAUCCCAUUUAUGCCAGCCAAGGGGUACACUCGACCACAAGUUUUGGCACUGGAGACAUGUUUCCCCUCUCCAUAAGAGAUUGCCUUUUUGUAACGGAGAGACUCAUUUGAUCCUCCAACUUUAUAGGAAUUCCCAGGCCACUCUAAAAAAAAGUAAACAGCAGUUGUCUUAGACUUGUGAAGCCAAUGAUCCUUGCUUCAUUCACAAAUGAUGCACAUGGAUGCAAGAGGACCCCCUUGGGGCUUCCCGCCUCUCCCCUCUCUCCUACACCCUCUUUCCUGAAGUAUAUAACUUGUUCAAGACCCCUCAUUUUUUCCCGCCCUCCUCUCAAACUGUGUGCCUUAAGUCUCCUGUUCGCUUCUGUCUCUAUCCUGAGGACAGACCAAUGGGAAUAUCUUCCAACAAAACUAUUCGUGAAGGUGUGUGUAUUCUUUGUUUGCCUGUUGUCAAAGUGUUAGGGGAGGCAAUCAUUUCUAUAUGUUUGUCCCACACAAGUAGACCUCUCUCAUGUGCAGGGUGGAAGCAGUAUUCCUGUUUGGGGGGGACGUCUGGCAUACUUGUGAGGCUGACUGAAACGUUAAUCAGCCUCAAAGCGCCUUGCCGUACCGAGAGAGACUUCUACGUGGGAGGUGUCCAGUUCAGCUCUUUUGGGAAUUUAUCAGUGCAAAAAGGCAGGAUGGGGUAACCUAUCUCAGACUGUCUGGAGAAAAUUAAGCCUUAGUUGAUUUCAGGGAUAAGCCACUUUUACCACUGGAAGCAAUUCUAAUAUUUUCCUCUCUGGAUUUUUAAAUACUAGACAUGGUGGAACGAGACAUAUGGUGGAGAUCCAGAACUUGGAAUCCCGGCAGUCUCUGCUGAGCAGCUGCAAAACGAUGUGGAAGGGGCAGGUGGAAGAAGAGUGUGCUUUCUCUUUUUCUACAUGCUGUGAUGCAGCCAAAAUGCAUCUGGAACUAUAGCCAGCCGAUCGGAGAGUCCAGGUUCCCAGCCCCUGGUCUCUGCCAAGUGUCUCAGUCCACCCUCCCCUAUGCUGCUUCCGGUUAGAAAUUCUUAAAAGAAAAAUCAUGCCUGCUUCAAGGGUGUCUUGAGAAGAGGUGAAAGCUUGCCAGAUCUGAUAUGCACCUAGACUGGCACCUACCUUUUCUGGGAACGGACACGCAAGUAUGGAAGAGCACGUUGGUUGCUCCCAGGGGGUCCUGGAAUAGUAACCUGUCUUAGAACCCCUCUGGAAUUUUAGCACUCCUGGGCCUGGCUUGCUGAGAAGCAAACACUAAACUCACUUGGUCCCUCUCUUGAAAAUCGCGUUCCCCUCUCAUCCCGACCAACGUACCUCUCUGUCUUCAGGCCUGACCCUCUGGAGUUCUUCCUCCCAGAGGGGGCCUGAGCACUUGCCAGGUGCUGCCACUCUAUUAAAUCCUGCCUCAGAUUCAGAAUCCCCAGGAGUCAAGGGACCCGCCUUAACCUGCUUGUUAAGCACUUUAUUCGAGGGACGGCAAUAAUCAAUUUACACCUACUCUCCUGCCCCUCCCCCCAUCCACGCCCCCUCCGAUAUCAAGAGUUCGAUUCUAAUAGCAACUUCUCAUGUUCAGAAGAAUUCCUGUUCUGCGCUGCUUUUUUUUUCAGGGCGUGGGGUGAUGAAAAGGGGGGGGUGACAUUCUAAUGGACAAGCAAAGCACGUGGCCUUUCGCCUCCUUUAAACAAAUAUAUAUUCCAAUUUGAUUUAGGCCAUAAAGCAAACGGAAGCCAUGCCUCCUCUUACUUACUGUGGAAGUUAAAACGAAUCCUGUAAUCAGAACUGAACUGCCUGCUUUUCCUCUUUAUAUUCUGCGCUUUUAAAAAUUUGUUUUGUAUGCAAUUUCAAAGCAGCAGCCAGUCUAUGGGGAACGCAUGUAGCAAAAACCUCUGACCUUUUAAAAUAAAAAUAUAUAAAGAAAGCUCAACUGAUCAGAAGAAACGCCAUUUUAUCCCCAUUCUAGAUGCUGGUAGAACUUCCAUUGAUUUCGAACAGGAGUUGGGGCCAAGCCUUCCACAUAAGGAGCGUGAAAGAAAAAGUUUUGCCAUUUUAAAUACAGGUCAAUGGAGCUGCAGGCUCAAAGCAGACUCCCUUCCCAGAUGAUAUUUAUUUAGAAUUAUAAUUAAUGUAUUUAAAUUGUCAAAUGUUCUAUAUGUCUAAGAUGCCAUUAUUUAAUAAUUUGCAGGUUCCAUUGACACUGGAGACGUGGACUGAAAGUUAGAUUGAUGACUUAUUUCUAAAGAGCGAUGUCUCUUCCUCCUCCCCUUUCCCCUCCUGUCCAUGGUUUCUUUAUCAAAUCUGUACAUUUAAAUUUAUUAUGGGGUGUUGUGUCUGCAUCUUGUAAAUAACAUUUUUUCUGCCCUGUGUAUUGGUGGUAUUUCCAGGCUGAUUUGUUUAAUUCAUGUGGGAUAAUGAAAUAAAUAUUAAUUAAAAAGGUC